CGGCAUACCUCCCGAUACUGCAUGAACACCUGCGUCUUCUCAACUCAUCCGUAUUAUAUAUACUGUCGCUCAAAAUCUGCUGCGUCUUACAAAUUGAGUUGCUCACAACGACGCUGGCUGGACAUCAACAUUAAAUCUACGGCUCCAUCCAUACCCCACCACCCCGCCUAGGUCACCGGAACCUGUACAGAAAGCAUAUAAUCUUCAAGGGCCAGUUCCCACGAUUAGUAACAUAAUGGCUCCUCCCCCAGCUCCAGGCGUCUGGUGCCCCGCGGUAACCUUCUACACUCCCGAAAGCGACACGGCAACCUUGGAUCUCGCGGCACAGAAGCAGUACUUCACAUACCUCUCCAAAUCAGGUCUUACUGGUUUAGUCAUUCUUGGCUCGAAUGCUGAGGCGUUCCAGCUCACUCGCGACGAGAAAAAGGCAUUGGUAAAAUGCGCCCGCGAGGCUGUCGGCCCCAACUACCCCCUCAUGGUGGGAAUUUCGAGCUUCUCCGUACCACAGGUAAUGGAGAAUAUCAGCGACGCCAUCGAAGCCGGAGCGAACUACGGGCUGUUGCUGCCAGCCGCAUACUAUGGGCCUGCGACAUCCAAAGAGGUUGUCAUGGCCUUUUACAACGAGGUCGCACAGAAGUCUGAGUUGCCUAUCGUCAUCUAUAACUUUCCGGGUAUCUGCAAUGGAGUGGAUCUUGAUUCUGUCACAAUCGCUGCGCUUGCCAAACAAAACCCAGGGAAGAUCGUCGGUGUGAAGUUGACAUGUGGUAGCGUAGCGAAAAUCACAAGGCUUUGUGCUGAGUUGCCGGGCGAUACCUUUUCUACGUAUGCUGGACAGGCGGAUUGGAUGGUAGCCGGCCUGGCAGUUGGAAGCGCUGGUUGCGUAUCAGCAUUCAGUAAUGUCUUCCCAAGGGUCUGCUCGAAGAUCUAUGAGUUGUAUACCAGUGGCGAGACACAAGCAGCACUAGAGCUACAUCGGAAGGCGGCACUUGCAGAGAGCCCAAUCAAGGCUGGUAUUGCGCCCACGAAGCACGCCGUCAGCCAGUACAGUGCGAAAGCAGCAGGUAUCGAGGGUGCAGAGGAGAGGCUUAACCCAAGGCGGCCAUACAUGCCUGUUAGUGAGGCGCUUAAGACUAGUGUAAAGAGUGCCAUGUCAGAGCUAGCUGUGAUAGAGACCAUUUGUUAGAUCAGGUCUAUGUAUGGUCUUUCCAAGUUAGUUCAGAUAAAGAUAAUUGUAUCUCGCGCAAGAGCGAUCCUUCCAUGUUCUACGCGCAG